AUGUCCUCCGACUCGUCCCCCGCCGCCGCCGCCGCCCCCUCGACCUCGCCCUCGUCCGCGUCGAACCCGCAGACCCAGGGUGGCCCGCCUGCCAACACGCCCGCCGCCGCACCUACCGCUGCUACGAUCGCCAACUCGGGCAACCCGGACGCGAUCCACCAGCCCGGACAGACGGAGGACGACGGGUUGACGUUGAGGGCGUUGGUCAGCUCAAAGGAGGCAGGUGUCAUCAUCGGCCGCGCUGGAGCGACGAUUGCCCAGAUUCGCACCGACGCCAAUGUCAAGGCUGGUGUCUCCAAGGUCGUUCCCGGUGUCCCUGACCGUGUCUUGAGCAUCGGCGGUACCGUCGAGAGCGUCGCCAAGGCCUACUCUCUCGUCGCGCAGACGAUCCUCGAGAACCCAGUCCCGUCGGGCAGCUCCCCCAGCGGCGGCGACUCGUCCGCCGUCUCCCCCUCGGCGUCUGCCUCGAUCCGCCUCCUCAUCUCGCACCUCCUCAUCGGCUCCGUCAUCGGCAAGGGCGGUUCCAAGAUCCGCCAGAUCCAGGAGCUCGCCCAGGCGCGCAUGGUCGCCUCGAAGGAGAUGCUCCCCCAGUCGACCGAGCGCAUCGUCGAGGUUACCGGCCAGCCGGAGAGCGUCCGCCUCGCCGUGCAGGAGAUUGCCAAGUGCCUUAUCGAGGACUGGGACCGCUCGCAGGGAACGGGCGGCUUUGGCGGACCUCGUGGUGGACAGCAGCGUGUUGGUGGCCAAGGCGCCGGCGCGAUGGGCAUGAACCCGUUCGUCCGCUCGAACGGCGGCAUGCAGGGACAGGGCGGCAGGAGGCAGCAGGGCGGCGGAGCUCAGCAGGGCGGACAGGCCGGCGCGGGCGGACCGAGUCUCGCGGGUACUGUCGUCGGCAACGAGUCGGACCCGAACUGGCGCGAGCAGAAGAUCUCCAUCCCGAGCGACAUGGUCGGCUGCAUCAUCGGUCGUGGCGGCACCAAGAUCAACGAGAUCCGCAGGAUGAGCGGUAGCAGGAUCUCGAUCGCCAAGACGGCGCACGACGAGACCGGCGAGCGCAUGUUUGUCAUCUCAGGUCUCCCCGAGAACAACGAGAAGGCGCUCUAUCUCCUUUACAACCAGCUCGAGUCGGAGAAGGAGCGUCGCGUCCAGUCGGUCCAGGAGGAGCAGGCUGCUGCUGCUCAGCAGGCCAAGGACGGCAACGCUGCUGGCGACGCCUAG